AUGGGGAGAAAACUGAGACACGUGCUGUUUUUCCUCCUCAUCAUCCUGAAAGAACCCAACAUGCCAGAAGCUCCGUGCCUGUGUGAACCAUUUUCACGUGUACUCUGUACAAAGGGCCUAACCAGCAUUCCUCAAAACCUCCCAACAUCCAUCUGUAGCCUUUGUCUGGAAAACAACCUGAUAACAAAGAUUGAAGCUGGCACAUUUGCAAAUCUACCACGGCUGGAGCAGUUGAAACUUGGCGGGAACUUGAUAUCAGAGAUUCAUCCUGGUUCGUUCGCAAACCUACCCAUGCUAGAAAAAUUAUAUCUUGACAACAACAAGAUAAGAAAGAUUGAAAAUGGUACAUUUGUAAACCUACCCCAGCUACAAAGAUUGGUCCUGGGACACAACCGGAUAAUUACCAUCUGCUCCAGCAUAUUUGCGAAUCUGCCCCAGCUACAAAAGCUGUAUCUGGAACACAACCAGAUAACUACUAAACAUACUGGUACAUUAAUUGCAAAUCUUCCCCAGCUAAAAUCGUUGUUCCUGAACACGAACAAGAUAACUACCAUCCACCCUGGCACAUUUGGAAAUCUCCCCCAGCUGCAAGAGUUGUGGCUGGCAAACAAUGAUAUAACUGACAUUUAUUCUGGUACAUUUGCAAAUCUGAACCAGCUAAAAUACUUAUACAGCUAUCGUAAUGACGAGUGGUCAUGA